AUGCAUACAGAUCCGAAUAUUCUAUUUGUUGGUACGGUUGAUAAGAAACCUGAACAGUCGACUAAAACAGAAUUGACGAAAGACGAGUGUUUUAUAACUCUAGAGGUUAACGAAACACCGAUAAAGUUUAAAGUUGACACAGGAUCUCAAGCGAACAUAAUUCCCAUGUCGAUGUACCGAGAAUUCAAAGGGCCUAAAGGACCAAUUCAAUCAUCAAGGACCUCAUUAACAAGCUACACUGGAGAUAAGCUUAAUCUUGUUGGCAAAUGCACGUUGAAAUGCAUGCGGAACAGACGGCUGAAUUUUUUCGUGAGCGAAACAGAUCAGUAUCCUAUACUGGGUUUUCAAGCGUCACAAGAACUCGACAUAAUCAAAGUUGUGAUGAGCACUAAUAAAGAGGGAGAUCUUAACGAGAAAUACUCGUAUGUAUUCAAAGGCUUGGUGUGCCUGAGGGAGUCAUAUCACAUUGAAUUGGAUCCGGAGGUAUCACCUGUAAUAAAUGCAGCGAGAAAAGUUCCUGUAGCAAUUAAAGGUCGUUUAAAGCUUGAGUUAGCAAAUAUGGAGAAGCAAGGAAUUAUUCGUAGAGUGGACAGACCGACUGACUGGGUCAACUCAAUUGCAAUAGUGGAGAAACCAGGUACGGGGAGAUUACGAAUAUACCUAGAUCGGAAGCAUCUAAAUGAAGCGAUCAGAGGGGAGCAUUUCCAAUUACCAACGGUUGAAGAAAUAGCGUCUCGGGUAUCUGGUGGGAAAGUGUUCUCCAAACUAGAUCCAAGACAUGGUUAUUGGCAGAUAACAUUGGAUGAGCCAAGCAAACUUCUAACGACGUUCAGGACACCAUUUGGCAGAUAUUGUUUCACGAGAAUGCCUUUCCGCAUUAAAUCUGUGCAGGAAGUUUUCCAGAAGAGAAUUUCGCAGCAAGUUGACGACCUCGACGGCGUAGCCACUGAGAUUGAUGACAUACUUAUUUGGGGAUCUGAUCAACAAGAGCAUGACGCACGAUUAGAAGCCACCUUACAACGAUGUGAAAAAAUAAACCUCACGUUAAAUGUAGACAAGUGCAAGUUCAAUGUGAAUGAAGUAUCGUAUUGUGGUCACAACUUCACGAAAGACGGUGUGAAACCUGACGAGUCGAAGAUUAAAGCAAUUCAAGAUAUGCCAACACCUUCGUCGAAGAAGGAGAUUUAA